AUGAGGGAAUACGAAAAGUUGAAUCAUAUGGAAGUUUCAAAGGGGAAAAGAGACGAAGGUAAUUAUAUGCCACAUCAUGGAAUAAUAAGAGAAUCUAGCAUCACGACGAAGUUGAGGGUGGUAUUUGAUGCAUCAGCGAAGACAUCAACUGGAGUGUCCUUGAACGAGACUCUGAUGGCGGGUCCACAAAUUCAAGAUAACAUUGCCACGCUGCUAAUGAGAUUUCGAAGUCAUCCUAUAGCAUUGACUGCAGACGUGGAAAAGAUGUAUCGUCAGUUUUGGAUUCAUGAGGAUGAUCAAAAGCAUCAAAAGAUAUUGUGGAGAUUCAGAGAAGAUGAACCAAUAAGAAUCUACCAGUUGAAAACUGUGACGUAUGGCACGUCAGCGGCGCCUUUUCUUGCUGUUCGGUGUUUAAAGCAAUUAGCAAUGGAUGAAGGGGCUUUAUAUCCAGAGGCUGCAAGGAUUCUCAUCGAGGAUUUCUAUGUGGAUGAUCUUAUGACGGGAGCAGAUUCUUUAAAAGAAGCUAAAAAAUUGCAGGCAGAUCUUUGUGGUCUGACAUCAAAGGGAGGAAUGCAUCUGACAAAAUAG